UUCUCCUCAGAGCCCCCGUGCCGCUCGGGCUCCCCGGGCGCCUCCCGCCGCAGGACGGCCCCGGCCGGGCCGGAAGGGCUCCGCCUCAGCGGGGCGCUGCCCGCAGGCCCCACACCCGGUGUAACUGCUGCUGAAGAGCUGAAGGCGGUCUAAUGACAACAAAAGCGAACUUUCCUGCGGCAGCAGGGUCCGUGGUGGUCCCCUAUGGGCACGUGGUUGGGAACGAGAAGUGGAGAGGGUCAGAGAUAGCCCAGAGGCUUCAAGGGAAAAUUAAGCUCAUUUUUGAAGAUGGCUUGGGACUUGUGGAUUUUCAUCUUUCAAACAGAAUUUGCAUUUUAUACAUUUCUGAAGCAGAUUUGGUUGCAGGAGAUGACUUCAAACGAAGAUUGGUUCGGUUUAGGAAUGCCAACAGUCUUGGUGGAAUUGUAAUUGUCGAGAGAACUCAAAUAAGCGACCAGUACUUCAUAGCAGUGCAAAAGCUUGUUGUGCUAGAACUUGGAAUGGUGCUGCUUCCUGUGGCAAAUCAAGGAGAAGCUUCUCAACUUAUUACUCAGCUGGUCCGUGAACAAAGUAAGGAUCACAACAGUAACCCCUUUCUUCGUAAACAAUGCUCUCAGCUGCUAGAGGCAUCAGUAUUUCGGACUGUGCAACAAAUUCCAGGAGUUGGGAAAACAAAAGCUCUGCUUCUGCUGCAACAAUUUGGAAGCAUCCACCGGCUUUGUAAUGCGUCUGUCGAAGAGCUUGAGCUAGUAGUUGGACAAACGGCAGCACAACAAAUUCACACAUUCUUAUGUUCCUGACGUAUGUAGCACUGUUUUGGAAGACAAGACUGCUUCUGUUAUUGUGAACUCUGAAAUUGUUUUUAAUGAUCACAUACAAUGGUAACUUCUAUAAUCCUGGUAACAACCAGAGGGUGUUGAGUAAUCUCUAGAGUUUACUUCCUCUUUACUGCUGCUCUGGUUGUGUAGAUUGAGCUGUGGAAAAUACCUUGGAAAAGGGGCUGGAAGGUGUCUUACAUCUAUCUUGAACAAAAAAAGAGAGAAAAAUAUGUUUUUUCCUCCUGUGAGUAUUGAAAACAAGGUAAUCUGUCUAUAUACAUCUUCCAGAAAUAUCACCCACAUGUUAACAAAGUGUUUAUUUCUUUAGAGUAUACGCUAGAAUCUAGCAUUCACCUAUCUUUCAGGAGAGUAUGCUGUCUUCUCAGUAGCCAGAAACCUGAGAGUUACAAUGCUUUAAAAAAAAGCGCACAUCUUUUACUAACUUUUUUUCCUCCCUCCAGGGAGUAUUUAUAGCGAGUUGGGGGACAGAGAUAUUAGUCUAUCAUAACAUGACUCUAGUAAUUAAAACAUUUUUUACAGUAGCUAGUACUAUGCUAACUUUGAUUAUUUUUUUCCUUAAAUUACAUCAUGCUAACACUUAACACUGCAGUUUAGGUAAGACUUUAAUUGUUUUAUAGUUGAAUUCUAAGGUGAAAUUGUUUCUAAAAUCCAGAAAACAUGGAAUACUCAAAAGAAAUGCUUCCUAAUUACAGUUUGAGAUUACCUUUUUUCCUCCAAAUAUAGCACUUAUUUAUAGUCAGGGGUAUGUAAUAAACAUAUAUGAAGUUGAUUAUGCUUUGUAUACCCCUCAUUCUUUAAUGGGAGCGUGAGUUUAUGUGUUAGUACAUGUAUAAAAACAGUUAUAGCGUACAGCAAAAGUGAUCACGUGCAUCCUCCCUAGAACUGUGCCUUAUUUUGUAGAAGUUUGAGAUAGAGAUGAAUCGUAAGUCCAGAUGAUAGUACUAGUGUGAUGGUGAUGCAGUUACAUUAGUUAUUAAAUAAGUUCAUGCAAUUAAUGACUAAUUUUUUUAAGGCUUAUUAAAAUUCAACAGAUUUAUUGCACCGUACAACUUCUGACAAGCACAACGGAGUAUCAUAAUUACUUCAUGUCACAACUGGAGAGAGAUGCAGCACUUGCUAGCAAAGUUAUUGCAGCUUGCUUAAGCUGUUUGUUUCUAAAUGUCUUUUUAAGAGGGAUCUUUUCAAACUUCACUUGGUGUAACCUCCCACUAUGGUGCUUCACAGUAAAAUCUGUGAUGUAUAACUUGGGAGUUUCUUUGGAAAGUGCUACUGGAAAACAUCUUUGACUACACUAACUUGUUUCUCUGGGUCCUUUUUCAGUCCACAAGUUGUUAACAAACUUACUCCAUUGCAUAAUACUUCCACUAUUAAUCUUUUCAAGAAUUGUGUAUUGGAUUGGUUUUCCUGACAUACUAAAUUAGGUAUCAUUUAAAAUAAAAAG